AUGCCGCAGAAGAACAGAGGCAAAACCAAAAAGAAAGCCAAGGCCAGGACCAAAACCCCACCUUUCUCCAACUCGGUUCCUCCCGCACCGCCGGUGGAGCCGGAGGCGACGGCACCGGCGACGAACGAUGUCCUCGCCGAGGACUCCCUCCGCGACAUCCUUGGCCGCCUCUCCGUCGCCGACCUUCUCCGGGCCGCGCUCGCCUGCCACCGCUGGCGCCGCGCCGCCUCACGCUGCCUCCCCCGCUCCGCUCCUCUCCUCGGCUACUUCUUCCACCCCAGCGAGCCCGGUUUGCCGCCGCCCCAGACCUUUUGCAAGGAUUCCGAUACCCACGCCGCGUUCGCUCCCUUCGGCCCCUCCUCGCCGCGCCUCUCCCUCGACUUCGCUCCCAACUCCGACCGCUACGUCAUCUGCGACUCCCACCAGGGCCUCCUGCUCCUCGAAUCGGUCAUGAAGCAGCCUGACGGCACCCUCCCUCGCUUCCUCGUCCUCGACCCGGCCAGCCGCCGCCGCGUGCUCCUGCCAGCGCCGCCGCGCCACACGCUGCCCGACGACCGCCGCUGGCGCGGCUCCAGGCACUACGCCGGCUGCGCGCUUCUCUCCCGCACGCACCCGGGCCCGGGCGGCCUCUGCUUCGAGGCCGUCUGCUUCACCAUCGACGGCGGGCACCCGCGCGCCUGGGUGGCUUCCUUCGACGACGGCAAGUGCGUCUGGCGCGCGCUCCCGCGGGCCACGGACAUCGACGUCGAUUUCGACCCCUACUGGUUCGAGACCAGCUGCGUGCACGCGGCGGGGAACCUCUACUGGCACAUCUGCAACUCCGCCCGCGUGCUCGCGCUCGAUCCCGCCACGCUGCGCUUCUCCUACCUGCUGGCGCCGGACAUCUACGACUGCUCCACGCUCCGCGUCGGGGAGACGCCCGAGGACGGGCGGCUCUGCAUCCUGGCCGUGGCGAACGAGGGCACGCAGCUGCAGCUCUGGGUCCGCGGCAAGUCCAGGCGGAGCGACAACGGCUGGGUUCUCGGGAGGGAAAUCAUGGACAUGGAUGUGGUGUACGACGCCGUGCCAGGCCUGCCCGAGCACGACCAGAAGCACAGGUCCAUAUGUGUUUGGCCAAGCGACAUGGACGCCGCUCGCACUGGGAAGGCCUUCAUCAGGACUUGGGGAUACGGCCGCUACUCCUUCGAUCUCAACACUCGCAAGAUGGAGCGCCUGGUGACGAAACGUGGCAAGAACUACGGCCAUCCCAUGUUCGCCUACUUCCCUGCCUGGCCGCCUGCGUUCCUCGCUGCUCCAGAUCAGCACUGA